GGCGAUGCUUCGCCAUCUAGUGCCAUCGAUCGACGGACGGCUUCAUCCCCAACCUUUGGUCCACUCCGGCACGGCGCACGAUUUAACGUCCGAGGGUAAAUGGCUUGGUUGAAUGAAGUGCGGGCAGUCCGGGCUACGCAUCCGAAACUCGUAACACGGAACCAGCUUGCACUAUAAAAGCUCUUCGUGUAUCACGGGUGACCACAAACUCAACCAGAUAGCUACCACCGCCAGCCAGCGUCAUGUUACUGCCGUCUGUCAUCGCAGGUGCUUUCACACUUCUGGGCGCGGUUGCUGCGUUGCCUCAAUCUCAGCCGUUUCGAGAAGUCUUGCGUAACAGACAGAGUACUACGAGCAAUGCUUUAGAGGUGGACCUAGGUUACGAGAUCUAUCAAGGUUCUAGCAAUGCAAGCACAGGUAUCAACGCUUGGAGAGGUAUCCGCUUCGCUGCAUCACCAACAGGAAGCUUACGUUGGCAACGACCCCAAGCACCGUCCAUAAACCGAACUACACCCAUAGCUGCAGACACCUACGGAUCGCAAUGUCCACAAAUCGGCCAAAGUAACGGGAUGCCAAGUAUGCCUCGGGAUUCAGAAUCACCACCACUCUCAGAAGACUGUCUUUUUCUUAACGUCCAAAGCCCGGCAAACGCGACAAACCUUCCUGUGCUCGUGUGGAUCCAUGGUGGUGGCUACGGCGCUGGUAACGGCCGACAGGACUUUACUGAGCUUCUUACAACUACGGGAAAGAAAUUCGUUGUAGUAUCAAUCCAGUACCGGCUAGGGCCUUUUGGCUUCCUCGCGUCUGACGAGGUAUACCGAAAGGGUGUCGUGAAUGCGGGACUUUUGGAUCAGUUCUUCGCUCUCCAAUGGGUUCAGACAUAUGUCAGCCAGUUUGGUGGCGACCCAUCAGCCGUCACUAUUUCUGGAGAGAGUGCUGGUGGCGGCUCAGUCAUGCUGCACGACAUGGCAUACGGUGGCUCUUUAGGCGAUUCCAUGUUCCGCAGUACUAUUGCUGCUUCCCCAUACCUGCCCAAGCAGUACGCCUACAAAGACUGGAUUCCGACACAGAACUACUAUGCUUUCGCCGACCGCGCCGGCUGCAUGAUCAACGCAUACGGUAAUGCGACUUCCACCAUCUUCGACUGUUUGUUGUCGCAAGACACGGAGACGCUACAGAACGCUUCGAGCGAAGUAACAAGCACGGCGACAUUCGGAACCUGGGCUUUCUUGCCAGUAACGGAUGGAGUGUUCGUCCAAGAUGAGCCAAGUAGCCAGCUCCUCGAGAAGCGUGUGAACGGAAGGAAUGCUUUGAUCGGAAACAACGCCAACGAGGGCCCUUCCUUCGUGCCGCAAGGAAUCACUUCCGAAGACGAUUUCACGGCGUGGCUUCGCAACAAUCUGCCCGAAUUCACCGACUCUGACAUCGCAAAGGUUCUGCGCUACUACCCCAUCAGCGACGUCGCGACAGCUUCCAAUGCAGAUGAGUUCGCGACGAACGGCGUUACUGGGCCCAGCGCGCUCGAUCAAAGCUCGAUAGCUACCGGACAGCAGCAGCGUGCCAACAAUCUCUACGCUGAACUGACUUUCGUGUGUCCAUCAUACUGGAUGGCGGAAGCGUACACUGAUGGUGAUCGCACAUCAUACAAGUACCAGUUCAGUGCCCUCCCAGCCACCCACGGCGCGGAUGUGGGAGUAUACUUCGGAUUAUUAGGCAGCAAGCCAGGCAUAAGCACCGACCUUCAACGCGCCUUCAUGAACAUCUGGGGUAACUUCAUCACCGAGGGCAACCCGUCGAUCUCUGCUUCCGUUGCAGCUGGCUCUUCAAGCUCGUCCAACGGAUCCGUUGCUACCAACGAUGCUACACAAUGGCCCGCUUUCACGAUCGCUGAGCCAUACCAGCUUGAUCUCAACCAGACAGGCGGUGUACUGGCUGUUGGCUCGCAGAUUAUUGGGUCACCUGUCAACACGACUUAUCUUACUGAACCGGGGCUGAUGAAUAACUUUAGUCUUGUUAAUGCUUAUACGUGGGAGGCUGGGCGGGGUAUGAGGUGCGAUUUCUGGAGGAGUGUUGCUGAUAUUAUUCCCGCAUAACGUUGUCAGAUUACGAACUCCAACAAUCUUUGUACGGUAUGAAGCUACAGGCAGAAUCCAUCAUCA